CUCCUCGCCCUCCGCCGCCAUCGCCGCCAUCGCGCCGGAAGGGGCGGUCGGGGCGCCGCGGAACCGGCGAUGCUGCUCUUCUGCCCGGCCUGCGGCAACGUGCUGGUGGCCGAGGAGGGGCCGCGCUGCCACCGCUUCGCCUGCACCACCUGCCCCUACGUGCGCAACGUUACGCGGAAGGUGACGAGCAGGAAGUACCCGCGGCUGAAGGAGGUGGACGACGUGCUGGGCGGCGCCGCGGCCUGGGAGAACGUGGACUCCACGGCAGAGCCGUGCCCCAAGUGCGAGCACCCCCGCGCCUACUUCAUGCAGAUCCAGACGCGCUCGGCCGACGAGCCCAUGACCACCUUCUACAAGUGCUGCAACGCGCAGUGCGGCCACCGCUGGCGGGACUGAGGGCCCCGGCCCGGCCCCGGCCGCCCGGGGGGGCCUGAGGGGGCCCUGGCUGCCGCGGGAGGGGCCCGGCCCGCUCUGCCCCCCCGCAGGGCUGAGGAGGGGGGGGCUCGCCCUGGGGGGCAGCGUCCCGGUCCCGGUCCCGGCCCCGGGAGCGCAGGCCCCGGCGGGAUGGGGUCGGGGUGUCUUCUGCAAUAAACGCGUCGCUGGCUGGAA